GGCGGCGGCGGCGGCGGCGGCGGCGGGAGUGGACGCUGCGCUCCGGCAGCAGCAGCGAGGUCGGCGGCCGCUCGGGGCGCGGCGGAGGGGCGGGCCGGGCGCGGGCCGGGCAGCUGCGCCACGGGUGGCUUUGUGCAUCCCGGCGUUGGAAGUGAAUCCCAGAAGAGAGGCGAGGCUGAGCCCAGGGCUGGGCUGCUUCAGCAGGGAAGCCUCCCUCCCCCCUGCUUCAGGCUGCCGAGCACUGAGCAGCACUCAGAAUGGAAGCCAUCGCCAAAUAUGACUUCAAAGCCACUGCAGAUGACGAGCUGAGCUUCAAAAGGGGGGACAUCCUCAAGGUUUUGAAUGAAGAAUGUGAUCAGAACUGGUACAAGGCGGAGCUCAAUGGGAAAGACGGCUUCAUUCCCAAGAACUACAUAGAGAUGAAACCACAUCCGUGGUUUUUUGGCAAAAUACCCAGAGCCAAGGCAGAAGAGAUGCUCAGCAAGCAGCGGCACGAUGGGGCCUUCCUCAUCCGGGAGAGCGAGAGUGCUCCGGGCGAUUUCUCCCUCUCCGUCAAGUUUGGGAACGAUGUGCAGCACUUCAAGGUGCUCCGGGAUGGAGCUGGCAAGUACUUCCUGUGGGUGGUGAAGUUCAAUUCUUUGAACGAGCUGGUAGACUACCACAGAUCAACAUCUGUUUCCAGAAACCAGCAGAUAUUCCUGCGGGACAUAGAGCAGGUACCGCAGCAGCCAACCUAUGUCCAAGCCCUCUUUGACUUUGACCCCCAGGAGGAUGGGGAGCUGGGGUUCCGCCGGGGAGACUUCAUCCACGUCAUGGAUAACUCUGACCCCAACUGGUGGAAGGGGGCUUGCCACGGGCAGACCGGCAUGUUUCCCCGCAAUUACGUCACCCCUGUGAACCGGAACGUCUAAGCAUCCAGAAGAGCUUAUUUAAAGGAAGUGCGAACACACACAGCGGAGUGACCACCCAGAGGAAGUACUUGCUGCCCCGUCAGCCUGCGCUGGAGCGCAGGACCCCUAGCUGGGGCUUGGCGCCACGGUGACUCUCUUACUUGGGUUGGAACUUUGGGGGGAGGGAGGGGUGUUGGAUAUAAAAUUGCCAAAACUUACCUAUUAAGAAGAGUUUUUAUUACAAUUUUCACCACUGCUCCUGUUCUCCCCUCAUCAUUUUUUCGUCUUUUUUCUCCUGUCCAGUGCAUGACCUUUCAGGCCGCAUAUAGUCCUAGCUGAUGCCUAUAAUAAAAGAAAAGAAACC